AUCAAAUCAUCACACCAAUUCCACAUCACCAAAAUAACUCAGUCAGAACAGAAAAUUAUUCGAAUUCAAGCCCAUUCGACUAUGGUUACCCUUAUCAUAUUCCUGCAAUCUUAGGAACUACAAUUGCAAUAUUCAUGGCUUUGACUUUAAUUAUUAUGAUUAUUAAAAAAGUUAUUUUUAUUGAAAGAGACACAAUAUGUGAGCAAGAACGUAAAAGAUUCGAUCGUAAGUCUUUUGUAGUACUCGAUGAUAAUGUUGAGAGUGAUAAUUGGGACGAAGUGGUAGUUAGUAUUGACGAGCUUGAGGAAAGCGAUCAAUCUAGGAUUACGGAAGACCGUGCUUAUGGUGAUAUAAUAAUUAUGUUACCCGAACCUAUAUACAACG